CUCUUUCUACUUACGUUUACUCUACUAUAAAAGAAAGGAUUCAUGCAUCCAUGUGGAUAGUGUACCAUCUAAUUCAAUAGAUCUCUCCAUCCACAAAUUAAAUACCAAAAUAAAUCCUUGUUUGUUUCUCAAGAAAUGAAUUAUUUUAUUUAGCAUUAUAAAUACACUCACCAUACAUCCAUUUCAUCACAAACCAAACAAUAUCUCAAUUCUCAAAUCUUCAUAAAAAUAGAAAUGUUAUACACUUUUUUAUCCAUUUUUGCUACUUUUUUCUUGUUCUAUAAAAUCAUUCAAUCCCUCAAACCAAACAACAAAAAACUCCCACCAAGCCCACCAUCAUACCCAAUAUUGGGCCACUUACACCUUCUAAAACCCCCAUUCCACCGUACACUCCAAUCUCUAGCCCAACGCUACGGCCCAAUCUUCUCUCUCCAAUUGGGCCUUCAACGGGCCUUGGUAGUUUCCUCCGCAUGGGCCGCCGAAGAAUGUUUCAGUCAAAACGACGUCGUUUUUGCAAACAGGCCAAAAUUCAUAAUAGGACAACAUCUAGGAUACAACUACUCAAUUAUUAUCUGGUCCCCAUAUGGGGACUACUGGCGGAACCUACGACGUGUUACAACCAUUACCAUGUUAUCCAUGAGACGGAUAAACGAAGCGGGUCCGACCCGGAAACUUGAGAUCCGAAACAUGAUAAUGGAUCUUCUAGAAACCUCAAAAGGUGGGAGUGGGAGUGGGACCCAGAAAGUGAAUAUGAAUGAAGUACUUAGUAAACUUGCAAGAAAUUUUGUAAUGAGGAUAGUAAAUGGAAAAUCAUGGGAAACAAUGAUUAUAAAACCACCUGAAAAUUUGAUGAAUAUUUGUGAUUUUUUGCCAAUUUUAAGAUGGGUGGAUUUUAAAGGGAUAGAGAAGGAUAUGAAGGAGAAACAGGUUGAAAGAGAUGAGUUUUUACAAAGUUUGGUUGAUGAAAUUAGAGAAAGUAGGAAGAAAGGUGAGAAUUUAGGGAUGAGUACUUUGAUUGAACAGUUGCUGGAUUUGCAACAAGCUGAACCUGAUCAAUACUCUGAUGAAACUAUCAAAGGAAUCAUUUUGGUAAUGUUACUAGCAGGAUCAGAAACCACAGCACGAACCUUAGAAUGGGCAUUAUCAAACCUCAUUAACCACCCAGAAAACCUCGCGAAAGCAAGAACAGAAAUUGACCUCCAUGUAGGCAAGGAACGAUUAGUAGAUGAUUCUGAUCUACCGAAAUUAACGUAUACACGUUGUAUUGUGUACGAAACUCUAAGACUAUUUCCGGCUGCACCACUUUUAGUACCUCAUUUUUCGUCACAAGAUUGCACCAUUGGAGGGUAUCACGUACCAAAAGGGACAAUACUUUUCGUAAAUGCUUGGGCUAUACAUAGAGAUCCGACCUUAUGGGAUGAGCCUACCGUGUUUAAGCCCGAGAGGUUCGAAAAGGAGAAAGAAGGGUUUAAGUUUAUGCCCUUUGGAAUUGGAAGGAGAUCUUGUCCAGGGAAUAAUAUGGCUCUUAGGAAUGUUUCAUUGACAUUGGCUACUCUUAUUCAGUGCUUUGAUUGGGAAGCAGCUGAGAGUGGAUCAAUUGAUCUAACCGAAAAGCGUGGUGCUGGUGCUAUCAUUGUCCCUAAGCAAAAGCCAUUGGAGGCUAUAUGUCGACCUCGACCUUCAAUGGAGGAUUUCCUCGCCAAAUUUUAGAGGGUGUUUAAAAAAUUGGUUGUUAGCUGUUAAAUGGUUUUGUAGAUUGCUUUGCCAAUUUACAGCACUGGUUAUUUUUGUUAUUUAUUAAGUUAGUUGUAUAAGUUAAUUGUUAUAGGCGUACAAUUUGAGGAUGAGUAUCGAUAAUGUUGCUAUAUUUUCUUUGGUAAUGGUAUGUUGUAUAUGAAUGUAUUGUAUGUGUGGUUGUAUCUUAAUAGUUAUAUAUGAUCAAUUAUUAUUUUCUAAA